GGAGCCGGAGAGAAGUAAGCGAGUUUUAGAUGUUGACGGCAGCAUAAUGAGUGGAGCCCAAGAGGACGGAGCCCUGAUGGCAGAGAGCCUCCAUCUGAACUGGACGACGGCUUUGGAUCCACAGAAUCGAGAGGUGAACAGGCCACUGACUGAAGUCAGAGUGUUAAAUAUCGUCAUCUUGGUUCUGGCCUUGUUCAUCCUCACUGCUACUGGCCUCUACUGCAUCAGCAUCUGCUACAGCCGCAGCAGGCAGUCAAAGAGAGCCCAUGUCUAUGAGAGCGCUGUGACGCAUGGUGAGCCGGAACAUCCUGUGGCGGUCAAAGCCUUGAAGCGGUCAACUAGUUUCGUCAACCCUCUCGCGUUCUUCAGGAGACCAGAGGCUGCGAGGGACAACUCUAGGGUCUACUACAUCUACAGUAACCCUCUGCCGGUGGGAUUAAACGACGAAGAGGAGGAGGAACACAAAAAAGCCACCAGCACCAGGAGCAGCAGUCGACCUCAGGAACAGCCUGUGCUGACAUUACCGCCAUCUUUACAAGAGUAUGCCAGUGACCCAAGCAGUGGAUUCGUUCUGGACCCUCCCAUAUUUUACAUGCAGCUUUAAAAAGAUCUGAAAGUAUCUGAAAAUGCAGUUAAUCUAUGUUUGUCCAUAGUUUAACCCCCUGCAUAUAGAGAGUUAAAUAGGCCUGAUAGGACCAUGACUAGCCCGGUCCUCAAGCACCACUGUCCUGCAUGUUUUUCUGCAUGUAUCAUUGCUCCUGCAUAAAGACCUCGUCUGCUUGUCGUCAGUAGCAAUAGGAGCCUGUUAAUCACACUCAGGUGUGUGGCAGCAAGACGCCUAAAACAUGCAGGAAACUGGAGCAGGGUUGCUCUGCAGUGUUCUUCAUUUGUUUCCUUCUUGCAAUGAAUAAACCUAGCAAGGAUCUGUGGGUAUAGUUAAUGAAUGGAUGGAUUUAUACAUGAAUGUACAAUGCGUUUUUAUGAUUAACAUUUCUCUACUGUUAAUUAGAUUUUUCACAUGUAGGCUUGAGCAAAUGUAUGGUCUAAAUACCAGAUAAAUGUAGCUGUAGUUUUCAUGUGCUAAUUGUGCAGAACAUUAGACAUCUUUUGCUGCUGACAUUUACUAGUUAGGCAGCAAGUCUGCAGUCAGCUACUUAACUGAGAGGCUAUGUUAAUAAAAGUGACUUUUCUUACUUUUCA